GUUUUACAUGAUACAUCUAUUGGCUGACAGAGUGCCAUAGGUGAUAAGAUUCCUCUUUAAGAAGCGUGUGGCGCAUUUGCCCGACUUGAUAUGCGUUGCCGAUGCUUUGCUUCGCGUUGUCAUCAAGCUUUAUUUGGUCUUUUAUGCCAGGGUGGUCCGAAGCAAGCAGUCGGAGAGCCUUGCACGCUAGGUACCCGUUUGCGAGCUUUGAUUCUGCGUGACCGACACACACCAAUAGCGUGUGAUAAAGAUCCUUGCCACCAACGUCUUGUGAGGUAACUGUUAAGAGCUGUGUAGCCAUAUUGCUCCCAGUGCUUGAAAAUGAUUCCGGAAAACAGGCCGCCACUUCUAAUGACUGGACGAGGAUUCGAAGAGCCAAAUUAAAGAGUUCGUUCAUGAAUUCGCUGUAAUAUUGGGGAAGGUCAACGGCGGCUGCGGUUACAUCUUCAUCGACUUCGGGAAAGUAAGGGCGCAUUUCUAGGUCCAUGUCGUCGCUAGUGCUGCUAAUGUUUUUCUUGUCAACUCGUGCAGCUUCAGCCAACAUGGCACGAUCACCUGGGAGUUCUCUCGUGAGUAACACGUUCAGUAGAAUCGAUUGAAUCGUCCGUGCCUGAGAAUUCAUUUCAAAAGAUGAAGACGGAAGUUUCCCUUGUAAAACAAUCAGGGAAGUGGCAAUGGCCGUGGUUCUCAAAGUUCGCUUCAAGUCUGUCAUAGCUAGAAGGUGCUCUAGAGCUAGUCGACGUAAGUCUAGGCGGCGGGGCUGCGAUAAGCAUGCGUGUACGUCCCGAACAGCACUUUCUGUCAUUUGUUCAGCUGUUUGAGACAAGAAAGGAUGCUGGUGAUGCUUCUCGGGAGAUAAAUCUUGGUUGUUAAUGCUAGCGACAGCUCUUUCAGCGGCACAUCGCUCGAUCAAACGCUCUAGCGCCAACACGUCACUUGCAGUGACGGGUUUUGUGCCAGCGCUAUCAUUUCCUGAUAGUACGCCCUUCGCUGCAUCUACCAAGUGGCGAAUCCAUCGAUUGGCGACCAUAUGAUCUCCCUUGUGCCGUUGAAGACUCAUGAAAACUGUGUCGUUUCGAUCUGUGAAAAAAACAAGAUAUAUUUCUGCGUUUUCUUGACAGGUCUGCAGUUUUGCUGACAACGGUUCGUGAAUCAGUGAGGCUUGGAUGCUCGACUCACGUAACUCCUUGGUGAUACGUUCUAAGACCACGGGAAGAUCUCGGGUGGGAAAUUCCCAUUGGAUCAUGUCUCGCGGAAAGUACAUGGGAAACUUCUGAACUUGGAUUUGGGACAUGUUCCAUCCGUAAUAUGUUUGCGACUCUGUAUCCAAGACGAAUUGUUGUUUCUGUUUUUGCUGCUGAUUUAGUUCAGAAGGCUGUUUUUUUCUUUCUUGCUUUUGUUCCGGCAACCUCGGCAUGAUUUCGUCGCUAAAAUUUUGGGGAGUGGCGACGUAUUUGGCAGUUGCGAUUUCUGUUGGCAUCAUCAGCUGAGGCCCUCGAUUCGGCAUCGCCAUGGCACUACGGUAUUAUUAACGUUUUCAUACAGGAAAUCAUUUUUAUGAAUAAACCAGUCAAACCGAUUCCAGUGCGGUGUUGGAAACAUUGAAACAAAUGAGUAUCCAUUAUACGAAACAAAAGAUUUACUCGAAAGUCAUGAAACGAAAUACUAAUUCACUCAAUUUCUCUGAGUCAAAAAUUUGGCGUACCGAAAUAGUGGGGUCGACGCAGUUACGGACGGCUCUACGUUGUCGGGUUCGGGCAUUAUGUUGCGGCUCCUUUUCGGAUCGCGCCGAAUGCGGCCUCUCUUCAGUAAAUUAUCAUCUUGAUUAGGCUCUGGAUCAUUGUUCGGGUUCAUAAUAGAGACAGAGGAGAAAGGAGGAAGUACGAUUCCAUAAGGUUGAAAAUGGAAGUAAGAGUGUAUGAUAGGAAUACAGCUAGCUCGUUUUUUAUGCGGUUCUUCAUCGUCCUCCACCAUACCGGUACUCGUACAUUCGGUACGGCAAGGCAACAUGUAGCACGGCUGUCAACGCGUACUUUCCGCACGCAAACAUGUGCAACGCCUCCUUUUCUCUUGGUACGAACGCGCGGGAGAACAUGUUUCCAAACCCGUCCGAAAUAUUCAGUUGCCGAAUUUCUCGCCCGGCCCGAAUCGUUAAGUAGACACACCGGCAGUUGAUUGACGUGAAAGGGUAUUCAAAAUGAUAUUCCUGGGACAGCGUUGAAAAACUGUCGGGCAAUAUGUCAUUGCGGGUUUGACAAUGUCUCGUUCUGUUUUUUGGGACUUCCCGAGCAGCCUCGAACCUACAUUCGGUACGCUUGAGGUUGGCUCCAGUAAAUUUCUAUCAAUGUUUUCUUCACGUCACGUGUUGCUACAAAGGUACAGUACACACCGUACUAGUCCAAAACAGUACGAGUAAUCGUACGGACAUUACCUACUGUGCCAUUGCUUCCGACUACAAGAACGAAUCGUACCGUUUCAAUAAAUGUAGAGAAGCAGUUUAGUUGUCGUAGAAAACCAGACCUGCACAGCAUCUUAAGUUACGUAAUUCUACAUAGGAUGUUCUGUUCCUCGUAGUGAUAGUAAAUAAAUAUCGAGCCUUACAAAUUAGAAAUACUUGUCCUUGUUGCCGUUCGUUAAGUAUCGUAGAUCAUACAGUACUCGUAACUCGUAGAGUAAGUGAUCCGCCGUACGUACAGUACGUAUUCGUACGCACUUGUGCUUGUACCUGGCACUCUGGACUCAGGCACUCCCGAUAUCGAUAGUUUCACAAGGAAGGGACAGCAUACCUUACGAUACGAGUACUCGUAUGUACGCGAUACCAGGGGUCUAAAAUUAUGAUCCCUGCGCGAUACACGAUACAGUACGGUACGGUACAGUAAAAUGUAAAAUCGCUAUCGACAACGUUCUACCGUACUACAGUACCUGCUAGUAGUACCAUGCAAGUACGUACCGAUACGAGUAGUAAUGAUCUACAGAACGUACGUACUGUAUUGUAUUGUUGAGUCAUCUCAGUACACUACUUACAGUAAGUACUCAUACGAAUUACCGUACUAAGCACGGGUCAUAACCCCUAGUACAACGACCGCCGAGCAACCCAGCCCAGCCCAACCACAACCGGGCAACGAACGAUACAAGGCUCAAUCACAAUUAUACCAACCGGACAGUAUCGUAGGUACGUACGACCAUGCGUACGGGACUGUACCGUAAUGUUCAACUAGAGCGAAGCGAUUUUAAACAGAAAAAAUUUGGACUCGGCGAUGGAUUUUUCGCUUUCUCGUAAUUUUUAGUGCCAUCAUCCCGACUCGGGCCAUGGAACUCCAGCGCUUAGGAAAUUACUUCUAAUGAGAAACAAAGGAAAAGUAUCAUAUGAUGGGAGUUAAUAUGGGAAGAUACUCCAAUGAAACAGUAACGUCGCCCGACGCAAUAUUAUGUUAUCGCCACAACGACGGCGAUCCGUUCGAGUUGCGAAAGGAAACCGGAGAGGCGGACUCCGGAAUUUCGACAAUUGAAGCCGAUGUUCUAGAUCGGAUCAUAAAGGGAAAAGCGGCGCGAACUCCGGUACGAGGACAGGAGAACAAAACCAAAGAGCAGGUCUUCCUGUAUCCACGGAAUGAUAGUGCACUUCUGAAGUGUUUGGACGAUGCACCAGUUGAGAAUGUUAAAACGGUAAUGGGCAUAACGGAAGACAACCAAGGUACCUGCGCCGAGAUUGUUUGCUACAGAGCCGAACAAAAUAGCAAAAGGCAGGAGCGCAUGCAUCUUUGUGGUCCUCAUUCGGAAUGGAGUCGCGGUUUGCUCAGUACUGUCGGUGAUAAUGAUGACGGCGAUGGCCCCUCUGAGGUCUCGAACACGAAAAGUAAGAGCACGAAGAUUCGAUGGAUAGAUCUACGCCACUUCCAAGAAAAACACAACACACGCACCGAUGAGCCAUUUUUAUCGACGGAGGCGGGGAUAGUCCAAUUUUUCCGUUCGAUUUUAACAUCAUCUCACGAGGCUUCGCCCUGGGCUCCUGCUGCAGAACCGAUACCAACAAGCGAUGCGAAACUCGAUUCACCCGAUAUCGUUGUUUUGGUGCUAAAUCAUGACUCAAAUAGCGCCAAUGAUAUCACAACCUUGAACCUGUUGAAAGACUUCAGGGUGAGCGACGUCGCUCCCUCGUGGUUCUUUCAGAGUUUGACUGUUAUGGAGAAUUUGGAGCGAAAUGUGAUUGACUUCAUUCGUCAAAAGGAGAGCCAAGGAGAUUUUAUGAAUUGUUCUCAGUCUACGUUGCUGGUGUAUAAAAAGCUACGCCCUCGCUCGCGCCUUAGCGCUACAAAGCCGGUAGCAUCGAGCCUAGACUUGUGUGCUGAGGAAACAUUGGGAAUAGUUGGAAAGGGAUGCCUCUGGGAAGAGUUGCAAGAGGAAGAUGAAAAUGGCAAUGGUGACAGCCAUUGUGACGAAGAAGACGACAAUAGUGCAGUCAGAUCUGCCAUGCAGGCAGGUGAUGAGAAGUGUCGGUAUCGAUUAGUAUCUCCGCCCUAUCUCAAUUUAGACGAAGAAUAUCCCGGGGAAAAUCUUGUAGCAAAACUUUUUUCAAAAGAAGCAAUGCGAAUUUUUACAGAAGACGCUCUCUCGGUACCCCAAUGGACUCCCUGGCCCGAGACAACUCACUAUCGAGCUUCUUCUUUUGGAAAUGAGAAGCCAUGGACAGUAUUUCCUCUCUGCCAUUGUUUUCCUGCAAAUAAGCCUGAGAACUUUACGUGGGUACCCGCUACGAAAGCCUUCGUCCCACGAACUUGCCAGCUGUUGGAGGAAGUCCUCAGCUGCGGCAAUGGGAAAUCUUAUCUCCGAACCGCUCUAUUUUCCCAGUUGGCGCCUUGCUCGGUGCUACAUGAGCACACAGGAUGGGCCGAUCUUGCAAAUCAUGUCCUACGACUACACAUACCAUUAGUUGUACCCAAAGAUAUCGAUGCCAAUGGCGGAAACGACGACUUGUGUGGGACGUGGGUCGAUGGAUGUGUCGAAACACAUGCUGUUGGACGACCGCUCCUCUUUGACGACUCGAAGGUUCAUCGAGCUUUCAAUUACUCCGACGAGGUGCGGACUGUACUCAUCGUUGAUUUGGCUCGACCAGAUAGGCUACCACUGGGAACCGCCGUAUCCGGACACACCGAAGAACUGGAUGCAUUUAUCGAACAAAUGAGCACGCCGAAAUGACAAAUAUUACGCAAAUUAUUGACGAUUGAAUCUAAAAUUCUAAAUUUUCAGUAUCUCUGACUUUUGUUUUGGGUGGCGAUUACCAACGAUUUGGCCUCUUCGACUCGACAGAACUGGAGUGCAAAUUGUUGCCUUGCAGCUCUAUCUACUUACGUACUGCGUUUGAAAAAAAAAAUGGCUUCUGUUUUUGCCCAUCGUAAACCGACCGUGGCAACCAUACCUUGACACCUUUUCAAGUCUAUCUUCGGUCGUUCGGAGAUGAAUGCCACUCAGGUAAUAUCAAAGAUGUCAGCGCUACUUAACAAGUGAGGGCAACCUCAGUAGUGAUAUGAUCAAAUAUACGUCAUAAUCCUGACGGUUACAAACACGAGUAACUUGUACAAAGCUAGACAAAGUGACACAACAAUGAUCGUACGAAGGACAGCAAACGGAGAUCAUGAGUGAGCUGUUGCCUCUACUUCACAUCAAGAAAGUGAAAUUUUAACCGGGAGAGUAAAGUAGAUUUUCGAUAUUAGAUGAAUGAUUUCUUAGUCAAACUUCGAAAACAGCGGGCUCUUUUAAUCGUGCAAAGAAAUUACAGAGGUAACCAAGAGAUCAAAUGGUCAACUUGUUUCUUCGGUUCAAAUUAUACUUCCCACGGUCUGUAAUCACGAAGCUCAAAAUUGAUGGCACUUCAUUCCUCUCUGUUUCUUGACUACGUCAUUUUGUACCUGUGAGCAUUUCUUCCAAUCUGCUGGAGGAAACUCUCAGAUACUGCAACCGCAUAACCAAUCAAACACUCCCCUUGCAGAAGAUAGCGAUGCAUUCAAUUUUUUUUUAUCGCUCCCAGAACUUGAAACCAAAGUAGUAGAAUGUGGCCAAAAAGGGAGCUACGAAACCACCUCCCCAGAACCACAAGUUGAAGUUGCGCUUCUUCGCAGCCAAUUCUUCCGCGGUCGGUGGUGGAGGACGCUCUUUUAGGGAUAGGGUCAUCGUCGUCGAUUCUUCGAAGGAAGAGGCAAGGUAAUUGCGGACACCAUCUUGCAAAACAGAUGUUGGGUUUCCCUGUUGAAUGGUGUCUUGGGUGACGACUACGGCUGGUUGGGCAACCGGAGUGGCGGGGACUACAAAUGCCGAAGCAGCGCUUGCGAGUAGUGCAAGGGAAAGGACAAAAUUUUUCAUCAUCGUGAUACUGGUUCCUCGAAGGUUGUUGGUACUAUGACUCCCUCGGUGUGCUGAACAAUGUAUUCGAAGUCGAGAGGCUUGUACUUUUAGGUUCAAUCCAGUUGGCGGUUCUCGUACCGGUACUAAGUUCUGUGUCAGUGCAAGCUGUGUUGUUUCUCGUGUCACCAGGUUCCUUCAAUGAUGUAAGUAACGUUAUCGUACGAGAAUCCUUUACUCACAACUGGGGUGAGCCAAUCAAAAACAAAAAUGACGUUGUUGCGAUCUUUCCGUUAUAUUCAUUGCAUAGUACCUUCAUACCCUACUAUCUAUAAUUUGAAAGACAGGUGUGGUUGUGGGUCCUGGGUCCUGGAUCCUGGAUCCUCUGGUGAGUCUUGGUAAGGUACCAGUUCUUAGUAGUACUAGUAGUAGUAGUAAGAACUGUUACCAUAAUUUUUA